GUAGCUCGGGCUCCUGGCUGCGCGAGGGGGCGUUUCCUGUUCGGCUUCUGGCGGCGGCGGGGCCAUGGCGGCGACCGAGAUCGCGCGGCAGGUGGGUGAAGGUUGCCGUACUGUCCCUCUUUCUGGACAUGUGGGAUUUGACAGUUUGCCUGACCAGCUGGUUAAUAAGUCAGUUAACCAUGGCUUCUGUUUCAACAUCCUGUGUGUGGGGGAAACUGGCCUUGGUAAGUCCACGUUGAUGGACACCCUUUUCAAUACUAAAUUUGAAGGUGAGCCAGCAUCUCACUCACAGCCCGGAGUUCAGCUGAAAUCCAGUACCUAUGACCUUCAGGAGAGCAAUGUUGGUCUGAAACUGACCGUUGUGGGCACCGUAGGCUUUGGGGACCAGAUCAACAAAGAAGACAGCUAUAAGCCCAUCGUUGAGUUCAUCGAUGCCCAGUUUGAAGCCUACUUGCAAGAGGAACUGAAGAUAAAGAGAGUCUUGCACAACUUCCAUGACUCCCGUAUCCACGCCUGCUUGUACUUCAUUGCACCCACAGGCCAUUCCCUGAAAUCCCUGGACUUGGUAACGAUGAAGAAGCUCGACAGUAAGGUCAAUAUCAUCCCUAUCAUUGCCAAAUCUGAUGCCAUCUCCAAGAGUGAGUUGACAAAAUUCAAAAUUAAAAUCACGAGUGAGCUGGUCAGUAACGGGGUGCAGAUCUACCAGUUCCCGACAGACGAUGAAUCGGUGGCUGAGAUCAACGGGACGAUGAAUGCCCACCUGCCGUUCGCAGUGAUUGGCAGCACGGAGGAGCUGAAAAUAGGAAACAAAAUGAUGAAAGCCCGUCAGUAUCCAUGGGGCACGGUGCAGGUUGAAAAUGAAACUCACUGCGACUUUGUGAAGCUGAGAGAGAUGCUGAUCCGCGUGAACAUGGAGGAUCUUCGCGAGCAGACCCACACGCGCCACUACGAGCUGUACCGGCGAUGCAAACUGGAGGAAAUGGGAUUUAAAGACACUGACCCAGACAGCAAACCAUUCAGCUUACAAGAGACUUAUGAGGCCAAGAGGAAUGAGUUUCUGGGGGAACUGCAGAAAAAGGAAGAGGAGAUGAGGCAAAUGUUUGUCCAGAGAGUCAAGGAGAAAGAAGGUGAACUUAAAGAGGCCGAAAAAGAGCUGCAUGAAAAGUUUGAUCGUCUCAAGAAGCUGCAUCAGGAUGAAAAAAAGAAGCUGGAGGACAAGAAGAAAUCUCUGGACGAUGAAGUCAAUGCGUUUAAACAGAGGAAGACGGCAGCUGAAUUGCUCCAGUCUCAGGCCCAGCAGGCUGGAGGAUCACAGACUCUUAAAAGGGAAAAGGAGAGAAAAAAUAAUCCAUGGCUCUGUACUGAAUAGUAAUCCCUGAAUACAAUGGGCUGGAAUGGACCUUCAUUUACUUGUUAAAUUGGAGGUUCUAAUAUAAACUGACAGCUUCUCAUAAUAUUUCAGUCCUGGCCUUCCUAUGCAAAACUGCUCUCUUAGAUAUCUUCAUCAUGAGUCUGUCUUUACUGUGUACUGAUGGUUAUUGCUUUUAUUAAAUCAUGUAACAUAAGUCAGUAAUGAGGUUUUUGGACAUUGUAAUUUUAAAUCUCAAUUUUUUCCCCUACAUUUAAUGGACACCCCCUCCUCUCCAUAUUAAGGGAUGUGAAAAUAAGUUCUGUGCUUAUUUUUUGUGCUGUCAAAAUAACAGUACAGAUUAAAAUAUAUUUAUUGGUGAGUUUAAGAAGACAACAGCACCUAGGUUUGAUUAUGGCAUGACUGAGAGGUUAAGAACUUUCCUUGUAUCUUGGAUUAGCUUUGUAUAAUAGCUGUAAAAUAUUAAUUGUCUUUCUCAUUUGAUUGAUUUCCCAAGUCACAGUGCCUAAAAAUGGACAUUUUAAUCCUCAUUUGAAAUUCUUACUGGCCCUGAUCCUGCAGUCGGAUCUGUGUGCGCUGGGCUCUGCCUGUUGCAGGGGUCUGCAGGCACAGAUCCCAUUGCAGGAUCAGGGUCCGUGUUGGCAAAUAUCACCUUUAUAACACAUUUAAACUUUUUAAAACUCUGUGUAAGAUAAGCACACUUACAUUGUCAUUUUGGGUGAAAAAUGAUCUUUCUAUGCAGAGUUAUAGGCUGAGAGAGAAUUUUACCUAGAAAGAUCUGAAGUUUGUACAUCUUACAAAGUUUGAAACAAAUAUCCCUCUUCCCUCGUACCCCUCCCUCCACCCCCUUUCCCACUCAAAUACCCUUCUGGUUAAAUGGGAGCUGGUUACUUCAAUGCGUGUGUGACAGUUCUGCUGUUGCCAGAAGAUUAAUCAGUUGUCUUCACAUGCUCAUUUUAAAGCUAAGUACUGAUUGACAUUGAUAGAUACCACUCAGGUAAACUUUUCAUUGUUUCUACUCAAUACCAUGAUUUUUAUAUUCAGGGACAAGCUUUUGGGACACAUACUGCCCCAAAUCUUCUGGAAAACUCCUGGCCCUAGGGCUGUAUAUACACCUCUACCCCGAUAUAACGUGACCCGAUAUAACACAAAUUCGGAUAUAACGCGGUAAAGCAGCGCUCCGGGAGGGCGGGGCUGCGCACUCCAGCGGAUCAAAGCAAGUUCGAUAUAACGCAGUUUCACCUAUAACGCAGUAAGAUUUUUUGGCUCCCGAGGACAGCGUUAUAUCGAAGUAGAGGUGUAGUCCUACAUUCUGAAGUAGUUAACCAUACACUGAUACAAGGCGUUCCAAAUAGUAUCAUUCUAAGGUUGGCAUAUAAUCUGUUCUCUGUGAUAUGCAUUGAUGUUAAGGGGGAGUUGAGUUUAAAGCACUAGAGUGGUGUGUGUAUUUAGUCAUCUUUCCGUCCAUAUAGUCACUCAAGUCAAGUGCUCAGUUAACCUUGUGCAGUAAUCCAUAACUGAAACUAAGGUGUGGCCUCGUUUUAGAAAUCAGGACUAUUAAAACUCUUGAUUGCGAUUUAUUUAUAUUCGUCUCAGGUAUCCUGUUUCACUGUAAAGACAAUCCCCUCCUCCUGCCCCUCCCCCCAAAAAAGCGUUGGUUUCUUUUUUAGAAGUUUAAAUAUUUUAAGCUUUUGCUUCUUUCUGCUCUGUGGAAUGUAAGCAUGUUUUCCGAAAUCGGUCAGUUUCACUUUGUCAGGGGUUCCAGGGAUUAGCUGAAAGGGGCUUUUCAUCUUGCUUUCACUUGCUGCAUUGCGGGUUGUUUUAGAUCAUUUUACUUUUUUUAUUAUGCUAUUAAAAGUAUUUUUUAAAUGAGUUUUAACUUGUCUGGUUUUCUUCAAGCACUUUGAGCAGCUCCCUGCGGGAUCCGUAAUUUCCUGGAAAUGAUGCAUGUGCCCAUCUCUCUUCUAUUGUUUUCAUGUUGAGUCUCUAUUUCUUGCUUUUUUGAAUGUCCUUCUCCUUUUUGAUAAUCUCCCUGUUUUUCUCUUUCUGUAGCUUUUUUUAAAUCUGUCCUCGCCAGCUGCACUGUGUCUGAGGGAGAAGACUGCCACUUGUAGAAGAGUUUAGGGAUCCUAUAAUGUCGGGGGGAAAAAAUCUUCAGUGUUAGUGUCUUGGAAAGAAGCUCUUUUCUGACUUGCAUGGUAUUUAAAAUUGAAGUGUCUUGUAUUUUGUGUGACAAGACCGCACAAUAUUGGGGAAAGUUGAUCAUGUACAAAAAACAUGGAGGAGCCACAGAAAUGUGAUUAGAUUAAUGAGUAGCCAAAUUUUGAAAACGUUGGGUUACAACCAUGUUUUUCCCUCUAAUUUGGCCUAAUAGAAGGGUCAUGGACUCCCCUAAGGAUCCGUGGAAGGCCGAUGGGAUGUUUUCAGUAUGUGAAUUUGUUGGUUUGUUCUGAAAACUGUUACAUUCGAUGUCAAAGGAGAUAUAAACAAGGGGUGAUUUGCCAUAUUGACAGCCACAAAAUACUUAAUUUUAACAAGGAAAUAAAGCAAAACGAAAUGUUUCCAUUAGUGUUAUUUGUGCCUCCACCACCUUAUUAAACUGCAUCACCUGAUUGACUACAGGUUGAGUGAGUUUUUUUAACGUGAAAUCAUGUAUUGUGUAAAACACUCCAAAUAGUCUAACCUCUCCCUGUGCGCUUUAGUUAGAGAAUGAUCUUACACUUAGACUUAUUAAAAGGGGAGGGGCGGAGCUGUCAGUGGCUGGUGAUACUCCAUCCAAAUAGCAUGUGAGUAGAGUGCAGUGUCCUUAAAAUGCAUUUGACGCCUGUCUCAUUUUUUUUGCUUGUCUCGUUCUUCCUUGGAACAUUCACUGCAUGUUUUUCCAAACUGCAUUCUACUGUCUCUCUCCUUUAUUUUUUUUUGUUUCCUUUUUACAAAUGGAAGUGUGAAUAACUGCACUGCAUAUAUAUUUACAUGACAAACAUUAAAGAACCAGCACUGUUAAGCGUGAUACCUUUCUAACUUUAAUGUAAAUUUUCAAUUAAAAAGAAAAAUGCAAAAACCCA